GUUGUAGCUCCGGAAAAAAGCACCUUUUUCAAUUUGUCAAGGGCUUGAUGAUUAGUUGGCAAGUACAAUCGGCUGCGCUUGUCCGGGUACAACAAAAAUAUAUAAUGUUGUGGUACUCAGGACAGGAUUUGGGAAACACUGUUGUAAUAUAAUCUUUUCUGGUAGACUAAUGUGAAUUAUCUGAACACAUAAUAGGUGAAAGAUAGAUGGCACAACUUCCACCUACCCUAUUGGAUCUGCUAACGUACUGUAUAUAUCCAGAGUAGUAAAGAGUAGGGCCUAGGGCUCGAUUUGGAAUUGGGCCCCAUGUGAAUUCCCUUUAAUCUAAUUGGCUAUCCAAUCAGACAUAAGUAUUUACGACAUGUGACUUUGGAAAAAAUGAGUCCCCUCAAUAAUGCAACUUGUUAUUCCCUUCAUAAAAAAAAGCCUCUAUGGCUGCUAUUAUUUCCAGUUUAGGCUUCUUCUAGUUUUUGCAAACAGCCUGUCGCCAUGUCUGGUCGUGGAAAGAAAGCUGUCUCCAAAUCGAAGACUUCCACGAGUCGCUCUGUCAGGGCAGGUCUCCAGUUUCCUGUAGGCCGAAUUCACCGUCUGCUGAAGAAGGGACAUUACGCUGCCCGCAUUGGUACAGGAGCUGCAGUCUACCUCGCUGCCAUACUGGAGUAUCUCUGCGCUGAAGUCCUGGAGCUGUCGGGUAACGCGGCCCGUGACAAUAAGAAGUCGCGCAUUGCUCCACGGCACAUUCAACUAGCUGUGCGGAACGACGAGGAGUUGAACACGCUGCUGGGUGCUGUCACCAUAUCGGAGGGUGGUGUCCUUCCAAACAUCCAAGCCAUGUUACUCCCCAAGAAGACCAAGCUACCUAAAGAUGACGGCAGCAAUGCCAACGACGUCCAGUCUCAAGAGUUUUAAAAUGUACCUACAAGCUUUUACCGCAAACUCGUCCCUUUCACCGUUUUCCUUAAUAAAAUAACACAUUUAAAGAAUGUA